AUGUCUUUUUUCCAGGUGAUUUUUGCACUGAAUCAGACGCUGUUGCAGCAGGAGUCGCUCAGGGCUGGGAGUGUGCAGGUCCCCUACACUACCGAAGACCUGAUCCGCCAUUACAACUGUGGGGACCUCAACUCUGUCAUCUUCAAGCAUGACACAUCACAGGUGCCUAACUUCAAAAAUGUGACCUUACCGCCCAGUGAGCAGGAGACAGCUCAGGAGAUAGACAGUUACUUCAGAAAGGAGCUGAUCUACAAGAGGAACGAGCGCAUGGGCAAAAGGGUCAAAGCGCUGCUGGAGGAACAUCCCGACAAGAGCUUCUUCUUCGCCUUUGGAGCAGGUCACUUUCUUGGCAACAACACAGUCAUCGAUGUGCUCCGUCGCCAAGGAUACGAGGUGGACCACACUCCCGCGGGGCAGACGAUAAGCAGACGCUCUUCCUCGCCUGACUCAGAGGACCUCGAUGAAUCCCCAGUCCUGGAACCGUUCCUCCACGAGCUGCCCCACGGCGGACACGACCACGAGGAGCAGCUGCCUCACCUGCUGUUCCCACCUGACAGCCUGGAGCUGCUGGAGAAAGCCGAGAGAAAGAUGCUGAAAAAGAAGCGUCGAAACAAACUGAAAAAGCAGCGGCACCGGCACUUCAACGACCUGUGGGUGCGCAUCGACAACAGCAACACAGCCCCAUCCCCUCCGCCGCCAAUGGUCCAUAUCAUCACGGUUCAGCCUCCUUUGAACUACGACUUCCACCAGACGUCCUCCUCCGCAGCACCAAACCUCUGCCUCCUCUGCUCACUUCUGUGGGUUCUCAUGUGUGGGACCACUGCUCACAGCCUCCAGACUCUUCAGCUAUAG